GCCCGCGGGGCCCCGGCCUUCAGGUUUCCCCUGGGAUCCCGGGACCGGCAGGCGGGGAAUCUGUGCGGCGGCGGCGAGGUGAUUUGGCACAAAAGUAUUCUUUCAAGGAUGGCAGAAGCAGUUUUGAUUGAUCUUUUUGAUUUGAAAUUGAACUCUCAAAAAAACUGCCAUCAGACAUUACUGAAGACUUUGAAUGCUGUCCAGUACCACCAUGCCGCCAAGGCCAAGUUUCUUUGUAUAAUGUGUUGCAGUAACAUCAGCUAUGAAAGGGAUGGAGAACAAGAUAAUUGUGAAUUAGAAACAGGCAAUGGAUUAUCAGCUCUCUUGAAAGAAUUUGAGAUUGUUAGCUGUCCCAGCAUGGCUGCCUGUUUAUAUACCAUUAAACAGAAAAUUGAUGAAAGAAAUCUGAGCAGCAUUAAGGUAAUUGUACCCAGGCACAGGAAGGCAUUAAUGAAAGCUUUUAUUGAUCAACUCUUCACUGAUGUUUACAAUUUCGAAUUUGAAGAUUUGCAAGUGACUUUGAGGGGAGGCCUUUUUAAACAGUCCAUUGAAAUAAACAUAAUCACAGCUCAAGAACUAAGAGAAAUUCAGAAUGAAAUAGAAACAUUUUUGAGAAGUCUGCCAGCACUGAGAGGAGAAUUAACUAUUAUCACUUCUCCUUUGAUCCCAGAUAUUUUCAUACAUGGAUUUACUACAAGAACAGGUGGAAUAUCUUAUAUACCAACUCUUAGCUCAUUCAAUCUCUUCAGUAGUUCCAAACGGAGAGAUCCCAAGGCAGUGGUUCAAGAAAAUCUGCGUAGGUUGGCGAAUGCUGCAGGAUUUAAUAUGGAGAAAUUUUACCGAAUAAAGACUCAUCAUUCCAAUGAUAUCUGGAUUAUGGGAAGAAAGGAGCCUGAUUCUUAUGAUGGAAUAACCACAAAUCAGAGAGGAGUCACAAUAGCAGCUCUUGGUGCUGACUGUAUACCAAUAGUUUUUGCAGAUCCAGUCAAAAAAGCAUGUGGGGUUGCUCAUGCUGGUUGGAAAGGUACUUUGUUGGGUGUUGCUAUGGCUACAGUGAAUGCUAUGAUAGCAGAAUAUGGCUGCAGUUUGGAAGACAUUGUUGUUGUACUUGGACCUUCAGUAGGACCUUGCUGUUUUACUCUUCCAAGAGAAUCAGCAGAGGCAUUUCAUAAUCUUCAUCCUGCAUGUGUACAACUAUUUGAUUCACCAAAUCCCUAUAUUGACAUCCGUAAAGCCACAAGGAUUCUUCUAGAACGGGGAGGAAUUCUUCCACGGAAUAUUCAAGACCAGAACCAAGAUCUCAACCUCUGUACAUCUUGCCAUCCUGACAAGUUUUUCUCCCAUGUCCGAGAUGGCCUUAAUUUUGGUACACAAAUUGGCUUCAUAUCAAUUAGAGAAUAAGAUACUUGACUGGAUUUUUGUAUAACUGUUUCCUGCCUCCUUCCAAACUGACUGCAAGAGAGAAAUUUAGCUGUUUGAUCUACUUAAAACCAAAUGGAUUACAAUGGAGCUUCAACCAGCACUACUACUUGAGGACCUAUGCAGUGUUUGUCCAUGAGCAUGGAAUGACUCAUACUGGCAUCAGAGUUAGGGUCCCACUUUGAAGGAAAGGGGAUGCAGUAGUGGGCACAUGACUAAGAAAUCCACCAGUCCUCUCAGAUACUGUACCACCAGAAGCUGCUGGCUUAGCGGAGCAAAGGACCCUAAUUCAAUAUGACUGGCAUCUUUAUAAGAAGAGGAAGAGGCACCAGGGAGGUAUACAUGCGGAGAAAAGGCCAUGUGUGGACACAGUAAGAUGACGGACAUCUGUAAGCCAAGGAGGGAGACCUCAGAAGAAACCAAUCUUGCCUGCACCUUGAUCUUGGAUGUCCAGCCUCCAGAACUGUGAAAAAACUGAACUGGCCCAAUGCUAAAUGACAAGGUAACGAUUUCUUCAGGAACUGAGGAGAGACAGGCCUGGAGAGUUGUAAUGAUUUUCUUCACAACUAGUAAGAAGAGAAAUGAUAUGAAAGAGGAGUCUUCUCUGAGACAUGUUCACAAGCAGGUCGGACCUUUCAUUCAGAACAAGAUUAUUUUAAUUUUUAACGGUUUAAGAUAUAACUGAUUCCUUAAAUUAGUUCAUCUUGCUCAAGCCAUUAUAAUAUUAAUUCACUGUUAUUUUUGGUAAUACAGAUCAUUGUUAAUUUUUUCUAUUUAGAAGCCAGGAGUACACAAGGGAAGGGCACAUUCAGAAGUAACUAACACCACUACAAUUUUAGGACCUUUCCAUUUUAUUGAUUUGGGUUUUAUUUAAAAUUUUGUGUUUAUUAUGUCUUUAUUUUUUUAUUAUUAUGUCUAAUAUUAUGUCUAAUAUGUUUUCACUCCUUAAAUCUGCUCUGUAUAUGUUCUGUUCACAAUAUUUAAACAUACAAUGACUAUGGCCUCAUUUUCCAAAUCUAAUCUAGCCUAAACCCUUUGGUGGGGCAAGAAAAGCAAGUUGUAAAAUAAUCUCUUUGUCGUGACCCUCAAGUCAUAUCUUCUGGACUUGAAAGGUACACUGGAUGUCCUAUGUGUUGGUGCCUCAUGCUGCUCAGCAGGAAAUCUGAACUGUUCUCACCUCUCUGGUCCUUCUGUCUCACCAGGAGAUACACCUGAGAACAUUCUCUACAUUGUCUUAAUUCUCCUGCCUUCUGCCUUGGGUCACUCAAUCCAAAUGGAAGAGAUUGCACUGUUCAUAUUAGGGAUGCUUUAAUUCUAUAGUUCAAAGAUUGCAAUUUGACACAAAAAUCUACUUUUUCUAGCUCUAACAGUUCUGUUGAAUAUUAAGAGGAGGGAAUCUUUUGUUAAAAAAUAGCCUGCAAUUCAGUAGCAUCAUCUUUGUAAGUAGAGGCUGCACAAUCACCCACUUGCUGGUCACUGCUCUGCUUUGGGUCAUCUGAAGUCGAUCACUGCAUCCUUGGAGGAUGGUGUGAAAUGCCAGUGAAACCGUGAACUAAUUCAAUGACAUGCCCAUUGUUCCACUCACUUAGGCAAAUGCUUUUUCUCAACAGGGAAGCUUCUCACAUAUUCCUAACAGUACUAAAUGAGCUCGAAAAACUUAAGAAUGAUACCCCACUGCUGCUUGUCUCUAGUUCUUAGUUCUCAUCCUGGCAGGCAAGACCCCCAGCAUCAUCUCAGUCAUAAAGUACUUGUGAGCAUUCAGAAAGGCCUAAGUUAACUAGCGUCAGGUUACACAGGUUUGGAAGCUUGAGCACAUUCUAUGGCAUUUGUGGUAUGGCCUCUGUAGAAUCGAUAUCCUUAAUCAUAGAUAGCAGAUGGAGCUGUGAGACAAUGACCUUCCAGAGUGCCUUCCCCAAAUAGACUUAACGCUACCACACUUCAAAGGCAAUCACUGUCCAUCCGCUCCAGGUCAGCGUGCAGUGCUGGCCGGGGGCUUGGGCUACCAGAAAGACACUGGCUAGAGUUGAACGCUUAAUCUCCCUGCUCCCAAGUACAGAUAAAAGGAGAGAGAGAGGCUCACAGCCUUCUAGAACUUUAUGUGCUUAAAUGCUGAUAAGAGCUACCAUUUGCUGCAUUUUGGUCACUCUGGAAUAUAAGACCCCUGAGACAGCAGCUGAUGUGGCUAAGGAACAGUCAGGCCAGAUUUGGUGAUACUUAUUUUGCAGAACACAGAAUCCAAGAAUCCUCAUGAAUACCAGUCAAAAGCAUGACUCAGGCAAAGGGAACAGACAAUAAAAAGAAUGACUUCACAUUUCACAGCAGGAAUUCUCUGGCCUCGGAGAACACUAGAUACCUCUGGACCACACAUCCCUUUGGCAGAAUACUUUUCUCAUCUACAGAUCACUGUAUGGCUCAGUUUACCUGAAGCCUCUUGUGGUUUCUCCACCUAAUAACCCACAUGAUUUUUUUCUAGAAAAGCAGCAUAGAUGGAGAUGGAAUGUAACACCUGAAAUAAUAGGAUUUUACAGGAAAUAAUGUAAAUCAAGCCUUUUGCCCUUAAUGACCCAUAAUAAAAUGCUCUUGUUACCAAGCUCUGCAGGCAACCCAGUGCAGGUUGCCAUGGAAACACCCAGCUGCUCCUCUGCGCAGUUGCUUAAUGAUCAGUGUGAUGUCAGGCUCUGGAGAGAAGCACAAGCUCAGACAACUCUUUACAGUCACAGGGACAGUCCACUUGGGACUGCAGUUACGUCUGAGUGGGGGCCCCUGUGUCCAGGUAUAAUUAAAAUGCACUCAGACCUAUGACUGGAAAUGCUUUCAGCAGAAAAUCACGUCGCCUUUUUCAUUUCUCCAUUCAUUUUCAUUUCUCCACAUGACUGCCCAGUCUUCUGACAAGCCAGAAGCAGGGAGGCCAUGGCAUGUUGCUGCAGAUGGCGCGUCAUCAGUCUGUGACCCGGCUCCCGCUCUACAUGGGUGGGAGAUGCAGGGGCUCUACCUUGACCCAUGCCAUAAAAGGUCACCUUUUUGUCCCCUCUUCCCAUGUUCCCUGCAUCCACCUUCCACAGUGACUGGACCUGAAAUUCUCACUAUUACUCAUGGCUUGAUUUAGAUAACAAAGGCAAGAGCUUUUGCCCAGAAUAUUAUUUUCAAAAUGUAUUUAUUAUCUGGGAAGAAAAGACAAGCCCUGGGGAAUCUCUUCCUGUCCUUCGCUCCUUUUAUUUUUUUUUCUCCCUUCCUCUCUUUCAUUCUCUCUCAAAAGGGUUUAUUAGGUGCCUAUUGUCUGCAGGUAAUUACCAGAAACACAAGGAUGAAUGAAGCUUGAUUGCUGUCCUCCAGGAGCUGACAGGUUAUUAGAUGGGGACAAGCAUGUAAACGAAUGCAUGAGCUAAAGAGACAGAGGUGUGUACAGGGCACACGUGGAUAAAUCCUACCUGAGGGAGAGCUGGAAAGGCUUUUUCGGGGGUGGGGGGAAGAUGCUUACUGGGCAACCUCUUGGGAAGAAAUUAAUGGGAUUGUGGAAUUAAUGGGAGGAAGGGAAGAGGGACACUGUGAGUAAAGACUGAAGGCACAAAAUAAUCUUGUAUGCUUGAUAAAUUGCAAGCAGUUGAGAAUGGCUGGAGCUUUGGCCAGGAUAGUAGUCUAGGGAGAAAUACAUCAGAAGUAGGCAGGAGUGAGAAUCUAAUGAAGUUUGACUUGACUUUACAGGCCAGUAGGAGCUACUAAAGCAUUUUCAGGAGGGAAGACAGAGAAUUAGAAUUGCUGUUUAGGAAGAUCAUUUUUUUUGGUGGGGGGGCAACAAACAGCAUAUACUGAGGAAGUAGGAGACAUGGAACAAUUAGGGAGUUAGUGGGAGAGCGUGACUGUACAGAACGGCUAUUGUUUUUUGUCUAACAUCUGUUUCUUUGGAAGAGAAUCACCUGUCUCUCAUUGCCUGGCCCACUCAAACAAGGGUGGACAAAUAACCCAAACUCAACCCAUUAUAGGACCCAUCCCUGGUUCAAGUGGGCACAUAAUCCAAGCAGUUUUUAUCAAGCUUCUCUACUGAAAAUUCACAUAUGCACGCCUAGACAUAGAAUUAUUUCUCCUCCUCUUCCUCCUCCUUCUUCUUCUUUCUUUUUCUUCUUCUUCUUUAUAAAAGAAUGUAGCUUUGCAGCUUCCAGAGGCCAUCUUUCCUGUUACAUGGAGAAAACCUGAUCAUUAAGUCAAUACUUGCAGGAAAAUGAACAAGAAGAAGGGGAAACAGAGCUGUAUUAAUAUUGUUUGAGCCUCUAACAGUCUAGAGUCUACCUCCCCCUGUGUCUGAAACUAGUUUACCAGUGGACUUCAGAGUUAUAUACACCAAUAAGUUUAUUUUUGCUUGAGCAAGCUUGAGUUAGUUUUUAGUCACUUGGGACUGAAUGAUUCCUGAUUAUGAAAACAGGUAAAAAUGACGACAGCUUGAGCCAAGGUUGUAGGGGAUGGAGAGGAUGGUUUAGGCAAAGUUAAGGAAACCACCCAGGAAUUGGAGAGAGAGAGACUAUGGAGUGGAAGGGGAAAAAAAUCAACCAGAAUUAUGCCCAGAUCCUUUGUUUCAGUGAAUAACAAUGCCACCUUAUAAGACGUUGAAUAUAAGAAGAGAAACAAUUAUUUUGGGAAAGAGGUACAUGUUUUAAUUUAUUGGGUUUUAGAUAUUUGAGGGAUGUCUAGUUGAAAUUUUCGAGUAAACAAUUAAGAUUUUCUAUAACCCACUCCCUGAAAUACGUGCAACUUAUAGAACCACAUGAUGGUAAGCAUCUUAAAAGUCUUCCAAUCAUGCUACUCAUUUGAUACUUUAAUUCCUUCUGUUGAACAUUUAUUAAGUGCCUGUUGGUGUCAUGUGCUGUGCUAGGAGGAAAGUCACAAUAUGUACUCACAGCCUGCGUUCUUGUGAGGUUCACAGUCUAGCUGGGGAGACAGACAUGAUAUUUCCAUGGGCUGAGAGAGAAGAGCUACUAGUGGCACCUGCGAAGUACUGGAGGGACACAGAGGUUGAACCUUCCAGCUGUGGACCUACAACUCCUGAUCAAAAGGGUUGUGCAGUUUCUGGUUUGGUAAGUAGAUUGGAGAAUAUAUCUUCUUCUGGAGUAGCCUGAUUUCCUUUGGGAAAACUAGAUUUAUAGGCAGUUUUAUUGUAUGUUGACUCAAUUGUGUCUCUCGCUGGCCAUGGUUCUAUUCAUCAGGCCCUUACACAAUAUAUUUAGUCUGUCUCCUAUGUAAAAUAAUCUUCUUUUAUUUUCAUAAGAUAUUUGUGUGUUCCUUUCAUCUUUCCCCUUCCAGUCUAAACAUCAGAUCUAGUACUUUUCAAUGUGCUUCAUGUGACAUGGCUUUUGGUGGUUUUUAAAGUAGCUUUUAUCAUUAUAUAAAGUUAUCUUAUCCACUAUGUAUUUGUCUUUUGUUUAGUCAUUAAAUAAUCAUCCUCAUGUGAACAGGAACCUUGUCCGUUGUAGCCAUCAUUUAUCCCCAGCAUCAAAAUUAGUGACUGAAACAAAGUAGGCACUCAAUAAACAUUUGCUGGAGAAUAGCUUCUAGUGUCUAGCCCAUCAUCAUCUCAGUAGAUAUUUUGGGAAGGCAUUAGUUUGUCUGUGACCCAACUAAUGUACAGAGUCCACUGGAGAAUAUAACACUCUGAGAUCACUAGAAACAUCACAAAGUAUAAAGGGGUGGUUGCCAAUUUGUUCUGGUUUCAUAUGUCUAUAUUAGGCAGUCCAAGAUUGCACUGCUCUUUUGGGGAGCUGCGUCACACUGCACCCUAUAUCGGUCAUCUCAAACCAUUAAUUUUUUUUUCAUGAAGCAGUUAUUAACGCCAUAGCCUCCUAUCCUGGAAGAGGAUUCUUCUUCUGUUGCUGGAUUCUUAUUUUUUUAAAUCUUGAAUUUAGAAUACCACAUACAUCUCUGCGAAAUUUAGCCUAAAAAAUGUUUGCACGGCUUUUGCUUGUGAUUCUGUUAUCCAAUCUUUAGUUCUUCCUGCUUUCUAGCAUCAGCAUAAUUAAAGAGCCUGCAGCCUCCCAAAGGUCAGGCUUUCUGCAUUGCCUGUACUGCUACCCUCGAAUCCCAGCCCGUGCUCUGUCAUCAAGAGCAUCUUCAGUUGAAUGUUUAUUGGACAAAUUUCUAAAGGCGUGCCUAUUAUAUUUCUUUCAAGUUAUUAAUUAAAAUGUGCAAAAAAAACAGAAUGGUUUAGCUUUCUACUGGAAACAUCCCUCUUUUGUUAUUUAUCUAUCUAUCUAUCCCAAAUCCAGCACAUUUGGAUUCAGUUCAUUUUUUUCUCCUUCACCUUUCCGGAAAUUUUGCUGUCAUCUAGAUACAUUGCAUUUAUACUACAGUACCAAUCUCAAUGAAAGAAAUGAGUUUGGACUGACAUAACCUAAUAUUAAGAAACCCAUACUGGCUCCAGGUGAUCACCAGUUACUCUUCCAUGGGUUCCAAACCCACCACUUACGGGCAGAUGUUACUUGAUCUCCCUCAUGGACACUCUGGUAGGGAAAGAAUUUGUAGGAAUCAAUUGUGAAAUUGCAUUGACCCUUCUUUCACAUUGCCACAGCAGUCAAAGAUGUGUGUGGGGAAGUUGAAAUAAAGAAGCAGCUACAGAAAAAAAAAAAAAAAAGAAAGAAAACAAAAACCCUAGAGGAUGUAUUUUUAAAGGAUGUAAUUUAUGUAGUCUAUUUUGGGGCUACAUAAAUUCUCAUUUUGUUUAGAAAAGCAUCACAUACCCAGUGCUUAUCCAAAAUAUGCACAUUGAUUAUUUAUAAUGGGCAAUGUUCAAGAUAGAACCUUCCUCCCCUCUUUAAGCUGAAGGGUUAUUUGGGCCAAGAGGGUGCUGAGUGGAGGAAGCAGGAAGUAGGGGUGGGAGUUCACUCUGCUCCAUAGCCCCUUUGAGAGCCUCAUCGAGUUAAGAGAGCAUUGGUUACAUGAGCACUGCUUUUUUUCUCUAUUUAUGUCAUGGAACACUGUGAAGGGCCUUCCCUAGAUUUCAAUGCCCUUUUAAAAUCAAAGAGCAUGUGGCAAUGGACCAAGCCAAUAGCCACUGUCAAUACAAAACAGCAUGCCCUUUGGUCCUGAGUGCCUUCAACCAGAAUCCAUCAGCAUAAAGAACCACAUUUCCAGGAAAUGUGCAGGAUAUUUAAUGGCAAUCAAUGUAUUUCCUCCAUGAUUUCUGGCUGCCUCUUUUCUGUGGAAUUUGGCAAGAAGAUGGGAAUUCAGAUGCGGCUAUGUAUGGGGUAAUUCAGCAGGCUUGGAACAUCAUUUUGUUCCAGUUAAUUUGAGGAGGCUGUCACUUUCCUCAAGUCUGUGACAGUUAGGAUGUUUGUUAUUACAUCUCUGCUCUCCACACCCUGUAAACUAUAAUAAAUUUGAUGAAAAUGCA